AUGGGAGAAGAUCUAUUCGGCAUUCUCGGCAUUCUGCACCUCCAACUCAUCUCCGUCUCCGACAUUCGUAGCAUUCUGUUCUCGACAUGCAUUUUUUUCCCGUGGUUUCGAACAGAAAGAAAACAAGAGCAGCUAAAGAAUGAAAUUAACCUAGAAGAAACUAUUUUUAACCUAUCUAACCGUACAGACCAGUUAUUAUGUAUCAUUAGAAGUCUCUGCACACCAGGAAAAGAGGCAAAGUUAGACAUGUUUGAGCUUCCUGCAAAGAUAAAGUUGCUGCCAGAUCCAUGGACACCUGAAUCUGGAUUAGUGACAACUGCACUCAAGUUAAAGAGGGAACAAUUAAAGGCCAAAUUUAAGGAUGAUAUAUAA